AAAGGACUCAGCUUUGAUCUUAUCUCUCUCUCUCUCACGAAGUGGUUGAGACUGUUGCCAUAAAUAAAUAAAAGCUCUCUCUCUCUCUCAGAUUGAUUGUUUGGUGGGUUCGUCGAAAGCUUUGAUCUUUUGCAAAAAUGGCGUCUCUUUUAGGCAGAUUCUGCCGGAAACUAGUUGUUCCGGGCUCUGCUCACGGAUCACGGAUGAUUUCCACGACGGCGUGUGAUUCAGAAGCCGUGAAGUCGUUGAACCUAUACUCAGCGAUCAACCAAGCUCUUCACAUCGCCUUGGAAACCGAUCCUCGCUCUUACGUAUUUGGGGAAGAUGUUGGCUUUGGUGGAGUCUUUCGCUGCACAACAGGAUUAGCUGAACGGUUCGGGAAGAACCGUGUCUUCAACACUCCUCUUUGUGAGCAAGGCAUUGUUGGAUUUGGUAUUGGUCUAGCAGCAAUGGGAAACCGAGCAGUUGUAGAAAUUCAAUUUGCAGACUAUAUUUAUCCUGCUUUUGAUCAGGUAAAAAGAGUGUUCCCCACCUUAGAGUUUGAUUUUUCUACUGCUGAGUUUCUGAUAAGAGGUUUUAACUCACAGAUUGUUAAUGAAGCUGCAAAGUUCAGAUACCGAAGUGGUAACCAAUUCAACUGUGGAGGACUUACAAUAAGAGCACCGUAUGGGGCUGUUGGUCAUGGUGGACAUUACCAUUCACAAUCACCUGAGGCUUUCUUCUGCCAUGUCCCUGGUAUUAAAGUUGUUAUCCCUCGGAGUCCACGAGAAGCCAAGGGGCUGUUGUUGUCCUCUAUCCGUGAUCCAAAUCCUGUUGUCUUCUUUGAACCAAAGUGGCUGUAUCGUCAAGCAGUAGAAGAAGUUCCAGAGCAUGACUAUAUGAUACCUUUAUCACAGGCCGAGGUUAUUAGAGAAGGCAAUGACAUAACGCUUGUUGGAUGGGGAGCUCAGCUUACUGUGAUGGAACAAGCUUGUCUGGACGCGGAAAAGGAAGGAAUAUCAUGUGAACUGAUAGAUCUCAAGACUCUGUUGCCUUGGGACAAAGAAACAGUUGAGGCCUCCGUUAAAAAGACUGGCAGGCUUCUUAUAAGCCAUGAAGCUCCUGUGACAGGAGGUUUUGGAGCAGAGAUCUCUGCAACAAUCCUCGAACGUUGCUUCUUGAAGUUAGAAGCACCAGUAAGCAGAGUUUGUGGUUUGGACACACCAUUCCCUCUUGUGUUUGAGCCAUUCUACAUGCCCACCAAGAACAAGAUAUUGGAUGCAAUCAAGUCCACUGUUAAUUACUAGCCAUUCAAUCUGUUUCUUCAGAUAACUUUGAUGAACUAUAGUUUGUUGUUUUACAUUUAUGUAUUAUGAAAAGCUAUCUUAUGCAGUACUAUGUGUUUAUAUGACAAAAUGAUAAGCAAUGAAAUGCUUGCCUAAAUCCA